AUGCCCUCACUACGCAACAUCCUCCAUAAACGCGACGACCUCAGCAGCCAAACACCCCAAGAUGCACCUGCAAUACCCCCAGCACCCGAGUUCAAGCUCAUCCGCUCAGACACGCACACGCAAGAGAUAAUAACCCCACCAUCUAACCCGAACGACCCAACCCCAUACCUAUCAUCACCAACUCAAGACGAGCCCGCAUCUCCGCGUCGGAGCUUCCAGCUCUUCAACCGCUCUCCCAGACGUGCCUCUGCAUCCUCCCAAUCUCCGCCCCGUCGGGAACGCCGCCUCUCAAACCUCCUCCAUCUCGACCAUCGCAGUCGCAGUAACUCGCGUGACUCAUCCGCUAACAUCCCCGCGGACCUGCCGCAGAUCGAUGAUGAUCGCGGUGCGAGCAAGCAGGAGCGCGAGGCGUUGUGGGAGAAGAGGGCUACUGUGCUUGUGCAGCAGAAUCCGCAGUUUGCGCACUCCGGCUCGUCCUUGCCAGGGCGGCAGGGUGAGGGGGAGGCCACGCUGGGUUUAGGGUUGGGACCGGAGCAGGCUAGGUCAAGAAGCUCGAGUCAGAGUCGGGUUGUGGUGGAUCCGAAUGAAGAUAUUAAUAUUCAAGAGGCGAUUCGACUGCAUGAAUCUGGUGAUCUCGAGCGAUCAACUCACAUGUUCGGACAACUUGCUGAUCCAAAUGGCGCGAAUAAUCCUCUGAGUCAGGUUCUCUACGGCCUCGCACUACGACACGGAUGGGGCUGUCCUGUAGAUACCGCACGAGCCGUGACUUAUCUCUCUGCCGCAGCAGCUAACUCGGCCGCGGUUGAGGCAGAGGCCCUCCGUGCUGGGGUUAAGAAAGGGGGAUCUGCAAAAGGCGAGCUUGUGUUGGCCAUGUUCGAGCUGGCCAAUUGCUUCCGCAAUGGGUGGGGCAUAGCAAAGGAUCCUGCUGCUGCUAGACAGUAUUACGAGACGGCUGCAAACUUGGGUGACACUGAUGCCAUGAAUGAAGUGGGCUGGUGUUACCUCGAGGGCUUUGGGGGUAAAAAGGACAAGUUCAAAGCGGCCAAGUAUUACAGACUUGCCGAGGAGAAUGGGUGCCCUACUAUUGGGAAUUCAUGGAUCUGGAAAGACAAGUACAACCCGAAGUAA